UUCAGGAGGUGUGCACCAUCAACACCGGCCCACGAGCCUUCUCCUCAAAGUUAGUUUAAUUUAGAUAACGUACCAAAACCUACUCUGUCCGAGAAUGGCUAACCGAAAUAUGCAACAAGCGACUAUGCAAAGCAGCAACUCUCCUCAACCGGAGAGGACCGACUCUCCGGCGCAGUCUCCGGCAAACAAAGACAGUCCGGCUCCGCAGCAGCAACAUCAGUCACCCGCGGCCGAAGGAGCCGAAGAAGGAGAAGGAGUCGAAGAGGGACGGGCUGAAAUGACUUUGGAUAUCACGAGUUUUCGGAAGCCCGGUGAGAAGACGUUCACCCAGCGCUCACGUCUGUACAUCGGAAACCUCCCGCUGGACGUCCCGGAGGAGGAGUUCAAACACAUGUUCGCUAAAUACGGGAACAUUAGCGAGGUGUUCAUCAACAGAGACCGGGGGUUCGGCUUUGUUCGCUUGGAAACCCGCAUGCUGGCAGAGAUCGCUGUAGCCGAGCUGGAUGGGACUGUUUUGAAAAAUCGACCAAUCCGGGUCAGCUUUGCUACACAUACUGCUGCCCUGACGGUGCGCAACCUGUUGCCAGCAGUAACAAAUGAGCUGUUGGAAGAGGCGUUUUCUCAGUUUGGCCCGGUGGAACGGGCGGUCGUCGUGACAGAUGACCGCGGUCGCCCCACCGGGAGAGCCAUCGUGGAGUUCGCAAACAAAAUAGCUGCACGCAAAGCCCUGGAGUGCUGCACGGAGGGAGCGCUGCUGCUGACCACCACGCCUUGUCCGGCCAUCGUGGAGCCCUCGGAGCACUUUGAUGACCAGGAUGGACAGCCUGAAAAAUCGCUGCAGAAGUCUGCAGCCUACUAUAAGGAACGAGAGCAGAUGCCCCAUUUUGCUCAGCCGGGCACAUUUGAGUUUGAGUAUUCGUCUCGCUGGAAAGCUCUUCAUGAGAUGGAGAAACAGCAAAGAGACCAAGUGGACAAGAACAUCAAGGAGGCCAAAGAGAAACUGGAGGCUGAGCUGGAGUCGGCCAAACAUGAACAUCAGCUCAUGUUAAUGAGACAAGAUCUCAUGAGGCGUCAGGAGGAGCUGAGGAGACUGGAGGAGCUCCGCAACCAGGAGCUGCAGAGACGGAAGCAGAUCGAGAUGAGGCAUGAAGAGGAGAGGAGGAGGAGAGAGGAGGAGAUGAUGAUGAGACACAGAGAACAGGAGGAACUGAGACGCCACCCGGAUGGCUUCAAACCAAACUACCAUGACAACAGAGAACAGGAAAUGAGAGUGGGUGAGCUGGGCCCUCGUGGAGCCAUUAAUAUGGGAGAUGGCUUUAACCGGGGCUCUCCGGGGCCCACUGGUAACCAGGGUCAAAUGAUGGGCAUGAGUGGAAGGGGAGGAGCCAUUGGCCCAGAGGGAACUGCAAAUACGGGGACACCAUUGAUGUCAGAGAAUGGAGCCAUGCGAAAAGAUAGAUUCCCACAGGGUGGAUCGAUGGGGGGGCGACCAGAAGUUGAAUCCCCAAAGCAGCAGCAGCCGCAACAACAGCAGCAGCAACAACAGCAGCAGCAACAGCAGCAGCAACAACAGCAGCAGCAACCGCAGCAGCAACAACAGCAGCAGCAACCACAACAGCAGCAGCAACAGCAGCCGCAGCAGCAGCCGCCAUUGGGCCCUCAAGCCGGGAGGGGGAGUCCGGUAGGGGGGGUCUUUGAUGGGCCAAACCAUAAGCGCCGCAGAUAUUAAAUCCUCUCUGAUCACUGAGACACGCUACUCAUGGAUCUUUGUUUCUGCCCCC